ACUUCAGAGUGGGAGAGGGGGAGGUGUAGACAGACGGGCAAACUGCAUCUCCGCCAGGCUGCUUCCCUUCCUCCUUGUUUUUCCUCAGCCAGGGUAGUUUGACAAGCCCACUCUGGGCACCUCUGAGCUCUCCUCACAACGCCCAGACAAGUGGGGUGCAGCAUUGGCAGCCAGGUACCUGGCCCUCAGCUGUGCUAGCACAGUCCCAGGGCAGGUCAUGUCAAGCUGCAACAGCCCUGGGGGCCCUGCUGCCCUGGACUUUCCAGAAGUCCUGAAGUCCCUGCUGGAGUACUCCUUACCCUGGACCAACAAGAUGACAGAUAAAGAGAAGGAGAAGAUCAAGCUUGAAGAAGAUGAGGCAGCAGCUGCCAGCACUAUGGCAGUCUCCGCUUCCCUUAUGCCACCCAUUUGGGACAAAACUAUUCCGUAUGAUGGCGAGUCUUUCCAUCUGGAGUACAUGGAUCUGGAUGAAUUCCUGCUGGAGAAUGGAAUUCCUUCCAGCCCUACCCACCUGGAUUUGAACCAGAAUCCACUCUUGCCUGUGGCUGAGUUGGAAGGAAAGGAGUCUGCUAGUGCUUCCACUGGUUCUCCUGCAUCAUCCUCUUCCACUGCAGUUUACCAGCAAUCUGAAGCAGCCUCCAGCACAGAGUCCCCACCACAAAAUGAGAGAAACACUCCCAGCCCCAUUGAUCCUGACUGCGUAGAAGUUGAGGUGAAUUUUAACCCUGAUCCUGCUGAUUUAGUGCUGUCCAGUGUGCCUGGUGGUGAGCUCUUCAAUCCUCGCAAGCACAAGUUUACUGAAGAGGACCUGAAACCACAACCAAUGAUUAAAAAAGCCAAGAAGGUUUUUGUGCCAGAUGAGCAAAAGGAUGAAAAAUACUGGACAAGGCGAAAGAAAAACAAUGUGGCAGCAAAGCGUUCCCGUGACGCUCGGCGACUAAAGGAGAAUCAGAUCACGAUCCGGGCAGCCUUUCUGGAGAAGGAGAACACGGCCCUGAGGACGGAGGUUGCAGAGCUGCGCAAGGAAGUGGGACGGUGCAAGAACAUUGUUUCUAAAUACGAGACCAGAUACGGACCCUUUGACUUAUCUGAUUCCGAGUGAUGCAACCUUAAAGACUUUUAAAAACAAAGAAACUAAAAAGCACACAUGAAUCGCCAGUCUUCAGAGCGAGCAGUGAAAUCUAUGAGGUGUCCCAACACAAACAACUGACGAUGACCCUGCCUGCCUGCUUGCCUGCAAGUACCCCAUCUGAACUACCCAGGGCUGGGCAUGAUGAAAAGUGCAAAGUCUCCUUAAUUCUGUAUAUGGCUUUCUUAUCUGUCAUUCUCACUGUAACUAUGAACUACAAUAAGCUUACUUACUGGGGUUUUGUCAAGACACUCAAAGUUCAUGUCUCAAAGUCUGUUGACAGCCUAUGUGAAUAGUGACUCUUUUGUUUCGGCACUCGAGUGGAAGAAAAUAAGGAGUUUUAAAUUAAAGUGUCUGUAUAUAUUAAGAACUGCUAUAUUUUAAGACUCUUUUCCCUGUGGUAGAAUGAAUUUUAUUUAAUACUGCAGCUCCCUUCUGGUACAGUGUAGCAACUUGUGGAGUACUGCACGUGCAGAAUUAAAGACACCAGGAAAACAGCAGUCAGUGAUGUGUGAGACUUCCACUGCGGAAAAGUACAGCAGAGGCAUUGAAACAAUCCAGAAAGCACCACAGUGUGCCAUACAAAGAGUGGGAAUAAACCUCUAUCAAACGACCCAUGUCAUAUUAAAACACUCUGAUCGCUUUCCUGCUCCACAGCUGCACUGCUGUAACCUGCCUUUUCUUUUGUUUCUUUUAUGAGGCUCACUUUCUUUUAUGGUAUUUUGCUGAAACAAGAUCUCUUAACUAUUUAGCAGUCAUGGAAAAGGUGCUAGUCUGAGCUGCUGAUCCCGAUGUCUUUUGGCAGGCUGAAACUACCAAAUGAGUAUUAGCUGCAGCAAAACAGUGGCUCUUAGCUACCAUAUUACAAUUUUCUGUCUCUUGACUACAUGGGAACUGUGGUGGGGAAAGAGUACUUUGUUCAUCUGUCUUAGAAACAGCCAGUGAUUUCCUACAGUUAAAACUGGAAGCAAAAGUAUCAAGACCCUUGUGCUGGUGUGGGAGAGUACACGAAAGCUUGGACAGAUUGUGGGGAUGUUUAUUGUGUUUGGAAGGUGGAGGAAAUAGGUGGAAGUGGCUUCGUAAGAGCUUCAUCAACAUAACAUGAAUCUGCUCUUACACUGAGGAAGCUUAAGAGCUAAAUUUGUGUGGGAAUAAAGAGUACUUAAUUUCUGGGAAAGUAAUACAGGGUCAUGCUUGUAGCCAAAAUGGAGCUUGUAAGACAGGAGUGUAUUCGUGCCAGGAGACUGAUAAACAGCACAAGCCUCAAGAAAAAAACAUCUUGAAAAGCUUUCAGAAGCACAAGGGCCGAAAUUAAAGGGCACAGCUAGUUACCAGCAAAGCUCAACACUUAACAUUGAACAAGCAUUUUGACUCUGCGCUUACCCAAGAGAUUCCACCCCUAAUUUCAGAGCAGAACAGCAAAGAAAAUGGUGCAAAGAAGCAGCUAAUGUUUUAAACUUCAUUUAAAUGAACCAUAAAAAUCUCAAACCCCAGAAUUCAUAACAGUUUUUUUAAGGCAUAACCUCUGUAAAGAGCAUUAAAUGAAGUUAUUGACCUAUUAUUUUUAAUGGACCAUGUUCUUAAGUGAAAAUCGUGCUUUUAACUGUUUUGCUGGUUACAAAAGAAUACUUAGGAGUGUACUAUUAUAUUUUGGGAUUCUAAAGAUCUGAGAUAAUAUUGGGAUAUUCUCUUCAAAUAGAUGAAUAGUUUAGCUCCAUGUUGCUGAAAUGUCAGCAUGUAGCAUGUAUCUCUUAUCAGGUAUUGCUGAUUUGGACUGGUUCGUUUUCUUUGUAGGUAGUGUUUUUUGUUACUGUUUUAUUUUGGUGAUAAAGGCCAAGCCAUGGAUUUAAAAACAAACAACCCUGACAGCAUGUAAAUGUAGCAACUUUUUUGCACUUACUAUUCCCAAAUUUUCAGUUAUCUUUGAAUGGCUUUUCUUGAAAGUCGUGCUUCUUGUUCAAAUGACAAAGCUAAAGGGUAUUGUAACUUGGCGAGGAGUUGCUAGUCCUUCACAAGGGUCUUUUACUGCUUUAGGAAUAUCUUUUAAAUAUUACAUGUUGGAUACAGGUUUGGUUUUGCAGUAUGUCAUGCUAUUUUAACAGCAAAAUAUUCAGUCAUUGAGACGAGUGCGUGCAAUUCUAUUAGCUUUUCCUGUUGUAUUAAGAGCUCACACAAUGGAAACUUAACAGUGAAUAUGCAUUAGAUCUUUUCAGAGAAGACUGUUAGCAAACUCUUGUGCUUCCCUGUAGGACAGUGCAAAUUUGCACAUUCUGUCAUUCAUGUGUCUACGGGUUGCAAAACUGGAAAACAGCACUUUAGGGUGAGUGCGGCUGAAACUUUUGUAGUUGGAGACUAUUUUUUUUGUUAAGAAGCAACAUCUUCAAAGAUAGAUGAGGAAGUAGUAAAUAUUUAAAGGAGUGUAGGUAUUGCCAGACAAAAAGGUGCAAUGCUGAAAUCCUUCCUCACUUUUUGCAGUCUCAGGAAAUUAAGCUUACUGCUUCAGAGCUCUCUGCUCAUCUCAGAACGAUUAACUAUAUAAUCUUGUUUCUUUGAGCAGGAUGACAAUCCUAUCAGUGAGUGAUAACGUGUGUGUGGUUUCAUAGUGGUCAUAAGAAGGCCAAUAUUCUUUUAGCUCAGUUUGAACUUUACAAGAUGCUGAAUUGAGACUGUGACUCUGAAGUUCUCUGACCUUUGAACAUGCUCUGUAGAGGCUGUAAGUGUGCCUGAUGAGAGUGUGCCCCGUUCGAGCUGUAAAGGGACCAUCUCCAAGGCGAGAGAAUAAAGGGAGAGCACCUUUCAGCAUCACUGCAGGGAUUGCCACUAAAGGGAGCAGGUUUUGACACAGCUCUACUUCCAUUAGGAAGUGGAUUGACACCAAAUGGCCACUUCACACUACUAACUUUGAGAAUAUAUAAGCUGUUGGUGAGAUUUGUGGGCAAUGAGCAUUGUCUCAUUCUACAGAAGAAGCAGACGAUGAGCACAGGAUGUGCUGCAUUUCCUACAGUAUUGUUUUCACACCUGCUCUUCUAAUCUACACGUAGUUAUAUCUCCUUAUAAUAAUGCAGUUUUGUACUUAAAAAUUCCCUAGAAGCUUAAUCUUUCCCUUGUUGCCAAGAUCUGUUCCCACUGAAGCCAGUAACAAAGAUCUCAUUAACUCCCACAGGAAAAAGUCUUUACUCUCACGUGGUUAUCAUAAAGCUUUAGCAAGUAUUGGAGUAAUGAGUGUCUUUGCUUUACUCUGGGGCAUUCUGUGCUGGGAUCAGGUGGAUAUAUCUCCGAUUGCAGGUGCAAUGUUGGUAAACUGGUCCUAUCAUUUGUUCAUUUACACAGUUAGUGAUAGUUUUGAUAUUCAGGUAAUCUGAAUUCUGCUUUUUUUUUCCUUUUUUCUUUUUUUUUUUUUUUUCCUUGCCCUGCAUGGACAAGCUGAAAAAGUAGUGUACUAUAAACUUAUGCUGGGACAAGAAAUGUGGGGUUUGGGCUUGUGUUUUUUGUUUUAAAAAAAAAAAAAGGUAAAUAUGGCUUUUUGCAGUUCUUCUGCUAUCAUUUUGCCUUUUCUGACAAUUCUCCAUUUCCCUGCUGCGCUGUUUGAAAGCCCAAAUAUUCUAGCUGUACAAAUCACUUUCAGCAUUAUCUGCAGGACUGCUACUACUAAUUGUACCAACUUCAUUUCGAGUUGGGAGGUGCAGUGGAAGGCCAGCAGCUUUGGGAAUACUGUAAUAAAACCACUUGUAUGGAAAAAUGUUUUUGUGUAGACAGCAGAAAUAAUGGACUUCCACAGAAGAGAAUAUUGCUCCUUCAACCUUGUAAGCCUCUCCAGCACAACAGAGCUUUGUUCCUUGUGAUCAGAUGCUUUUGUUUUUAGUGAGGGUGGAGGUUUCUCAGACCUUUGUAAAAUCCAGAUAGGCUUCUGUUCACCCUUAUGGUUUUUUCUGCUAAGCACAAGAUGAGAAAUACUAAUUUUUCUAAUGCAUAAAUCUCUGAUUUUUGGCAACCUACUUCUAAAUCCAUAAACAGCAAAAUCAUUUGUUAUGCUAGUGUUUUGCCUUUGCAGCACUGCAAGGCACUGACUGGCUUUCUAGACGUUCAGAUAGUUACUCUGCUACUGUGUCAUGGUGAAGAUAGAUAAACUCACAAUGAAAGACUGAAAAAGGUAGAAAGAAUAGGCUUAACUAAACUUCUGUGGAGAUGUUAACAUAAUGCUAAUAGAGAAAUUGCAAUUAUUUGAUUCACGAUAAUGCAGAUUUGUCAUACAGAAUGUAAGUUGUUAGUUUGAGAGUAUGCUAUCCCCUAGUGAGUCAGUUUUGGAAUGCAAACUUCUUGAAGUUCAAGCAGCUACAGGGGAAAAGGAAUCCUUUGAGGAAGAUACAUGUAUCCUAGGCACGGGUCCUUGGCCAGGAGAGUAAAGAAGGAAAGCAAGAGGAGAAGAGCAAUGCAAGAGUCUGACCUGGGUGAGGCUGUUAAACUGAAGCCUCACUGUUCACAAUCUGAGGUCAAUUUGGAUCCCUGCAGUUUAGCAUCAUACAGAAGAUACAAACUUGUUUGGGUUUUGGGAGUCCUCUUUUCUUGAUCUGAUUUCCACAGUCCAAAAGAAAGUGAAAGGAAUAUACAGAGAGGGAGGAGAGUUACUGCAGAAAGGCAUGAAAAAAAAAUAGCUGUUGCUUUACCCAGGCUUGCUGCUGCACUGGGGCUUGACCUGCUGAUGUGAACUGAUAGUUCUGUGUUGUGAGGAAGUUACUACCUGAGGCCCCAGUAUUUUAAGGCCUCAAUUCUGCUGUCAUCUGUGCAUGGGAUGAGCCCUGCAUCUGUAGAGAACCAUGUGGAUGUCACAGGAUCUGUUCUUGAGCAUGAAGCUCUGCCCAGUCAGCUGCGGAAUUGUGUCCUUAACACAGGAUCAGUUGUAGUUAUAAGGCUGUUGAUAUUCAGUGUAAUUUGGGUGCCUGUUACAUAGCCAAAACCCUUGUUACUUCCUUUUCCCAACUAAGGCAUGAGCAGAAGCCCUUUGCUGUACAACAUCUGUAAAAAAAUAAUGUACUUCACAUACGUCUAGUAAAUUAAGGCAUGUGAUUUUGGUCUGUGGGUCUCAACAAACUUUGCUCGUGUACCUGCCUGAAUGUUUUCUUAGAUCUGCAGCUAUGUCUCAGUGAGAAGGUAUGGUGGGUUUUGUUCUUCUGAGGGGGCACAAUAGCAGCUCUCAUCUGUCAAGUUUGGGUGACUGCUUGCUACUGGCCAGAGUCAUGGGUGGAUAUAUCCUCUGCACUUUUAUGUGAAGUUGUCUGAAAUAUGGUGAUUAACAUGACUAUUGGAAUACUGUAUUUUGUAUAACUUAGAACAUGUAAAUACACUUUUAAAACUAAUCUGUUCUAUGAAGUAAUAAAUAAGUGCUUCCAUUGUAAUAUCUGAAUAUUGUUAAUGCUUCCUGUAGCUUGAUUGGGAAUUUUUUUUUUCCUAGAGAACUACAGAAAUCAAAACAAAGAUUGAUGUUGUGGAAUUAUAGUCUAGUUGUGAUGCUUUCUAUCAACAAAACAUGCUUAAAAAAUAAUAUCGAGCUACUUAAGCAGAGAAACAAGAGAAUUUGAGGGAACUGAUUCUCUUCCAGUCUUUCUUUAACAGUAGUCACUGAUGACAUUUGUAAUUGUACUCUUCCCAUCUCAUUAGCUGGACAGUUGAUUUGUUGUUUUUGAGUAGCAUUUGGAAGGUGGCAAUGUUAGAUGAUUCAUAAAGCUUAGUGACUGAGGGAAAUUAAAGGUGUUUUUUUAAAACUCUUCUCUCUUUUGGCUCAAACAGAUCUGUCUCCAUCCUUCAGCCAGACUGCAGCAAGUUGCAGUGAAACAAUGGGUGACUUAACUGAAAUUCAUUUGUAACCUAGAUAGUCUACAUCUUUAGUAGUUUUAUUACAUAUAUAGAUGGCACAGGUAUCCUGUUGUGCUGUGGAGAGAGAGAAAGUGAUGAAUGACUUGGGGUUUUGCUGAGUACGUGUUUGCUGGAUGCUGCACAGCUGGAACUUUCAUCAGCUUUCAUGACCCUUUCUAUUUCAUGUUAAAAGAAAAAACAAGCAAACAGUGGAGUGAGGAUCAUGAGCAAUCCAGUAGGAAAUACUAACCGGUGGCUUUUGAGGAGGGGGUGAGAUUGAUCCAUCAACCUUCAUCUAAAGAGAUGAAGAAGUGAUGAUGCUUUCUCCAGCCAUAACAUGACUUUGUCUUGAAUGCUGUACUGGAGCAGUCUCCUCUCUGGUAACAGCUGCAUCUGCAGUGAUCCAGAAAAAACAAAGCCACAACAUCUUCUGUAGUGGGUAGAGAUGGUGACAUCUCUCUUUCCGCCCCCCCCCCCCUUUUUUUUUUCCCCCUUCCACCUCAGCAUCUCUAGACUGUAAAAUAGCUACAGAACAGCUAAGCACAUGUGCAAAUGAUUCAGAAAACUGUUCCUGUAAAGCUUUUUCAGAGACAUACAGUUUUUAGCUAAAUAGUUUGAGGGAACUCCUAUAUUUGGUCUGAAAUUGUGUUGCCUCUUAGAUAAAAGUGGGGUUUUUUGCUUCAGAUGUGAAACUGAUCUGUCCUGCUCAUUCAGUGGGAUGAAUGAUAUAUCUGCACAGUAUUUAUAUAAAAUAUAAAUCUGAUCUUAGUUUUCCUGCAUUUAAGAUGUAGACAUCAAACUUCUUGAGGUUGUCUAUAUAAUUCCUGCAAAUGCAGCUGCUUUUUGAAGCAGUCCAUAAGGUGCAUUUGAAAUCAUCCUGACUGAGAGAUUCUAUAGAAAGAGAGAACAAGAUUGUAAAGUGGCUGAGUAAAAAUGUAGUGCCAUAAAUGGUUUUAAUUUAUAUAUUAAUUUUUGUCCCAAACUGCUUAUUUUGUACAUAAACCUACACACUCCUGGCAGCUGGUGGGUGAAAAUAAAGGUGCUUAAACAGCAAUCUAAUGAGGAAAGGGCAUUGCACUGUUGCAGAGUUGGUAUUAUUUUAUAUAUCCAUUUAUUACACUUUUUAAAAUGUAUAAACCACAGAUUUGAAUUCUCAAAGUCUUCAGCUUGGAUUUUGUGAGUAGUUUAAAUCCUCUCACCUCUCUGCUCGUAACUGGUUUUUAAGAACAAGAAAAGCUUUUGUUUAAACUGUAAAAUUUUGACUGUAUUAAAUUCUGUUAGUACCUUUCCUUUUUAAGAAAUAAAAUGUAUAUUCCACUACA